AUGUUUCCCACACAAAUUUCGCAAGGCUUCACACAAAGUGAUGAAAUGAAGGUGUUGUCAGAUGAAGCCUCCAAUAAGGUGCCAUUCAUAUGCGUUGCGCGUAAGCGGAAUCCUUCACGUUCCCAAUUCGGUUCAAGCAGUUCACCUAGCGUUCGUUCUCACCUCAUAAGAAACGAGUGUGAUGGCGUCCAAUCAGACGGGCCAGCACUUAACACUUCUACGAACAAGGAGUUGAAUCUAACAAAAGAUGCCAGUGACGCACUGGUUUAUCAGAAGAAAUGUCAGAACUCCAAGAGCAAGUCGGUUACGAGGGUGAAUGUGGAAGCGGCGCCGAAAUGUGUGCUACAACUGCAAAGAUCAAACCAACCGUCCAUUGUGACCAAGUCAGAAAUGGAUCCUUUUGUUCCAGAGGCUUCCGAGAUGUCUCAACACACAUCAGCAACAAGAGACCUUCCUGUGUCAAACUUGCAUUUACCACUACAACCUGAACAAAGACAAGGUUUUAGUAACGCACACAAAAGAAGUUCACUCCGAUAUAUCGAUUCAAGCUUAACAGGGAAUCCCAUCAAGAUUAAAAAUGUGCAGUUUGAGCCACACCAUAACGAAGACUUUUCUAGUUCUUGGCCUCGGCAACAAAUUUCUGACGUCAAAGAACUCUAUGGUAAAUUGGCACAGAAAGACGAGGAAAUCAGGCAAAGAGACAUACGGAUUCAUGAGCUCCAAGAAAUUAUCCUUGAACACAACCAGUUGUUGUCUCGGCUAACUGGAGUGAGGUGGAAUGAGGAAAGGCCAUUUCUCCGGAAUGCAGUCAUCAAUUUAGAGCAACACUCAAGAACUUCUCCAGCCGGUCUUGUUACUUCUGACACCAAUUCUUCAGGAUAUGGACAAGGCACAUUUGUGGAAAAAACCUCGGUCUUUCCUCAGUCCUCCGUUCAUCACAACUUUUUAGAAGAACUUCCGAUGACAGCCUGGCCGGUUCAUAGAGGAACCGCUGCCAGUGCCAUGCAAACCUACACUGCGGCAGAAAAAAGAGGUAACUCGACACGAAAUACAAAACCUUUCCAUCCGUUCAAACUGCCAAAACGACGGAAGCGUUAUGCGAUAUCUGGAGAAUCGUCGCAAUAUCUUCUUACACCAUCAUCCCAACUGGCACAAUUACCAAAGUUCACAAAGUCGGACAGGACGAAACAGCUAAUCACUCAAGCAAUAUUGGAAAACGAUUUUAUGAAACACUUGGAUUCUUGGCAAAUUUCGGAGAUGAUCGAUUCCAUGUGCCCGCUCCGAUGUGCUCGGUUAUCGUGGAUUAUACAGGAGGGAGAAAUCGGAUCGGUUGUCUACGUGCUAGAA